GCAGGCGGUACCGGAAGUGGCGGGCUGGGAUCAGCCUUUAAGAUGGCGUCUCCUCAGGGGGGCCAGAUUGCGAUCGCGAUGAGGCUUCGGAACCAGCUCCAGUCAGUGUACAAGAUGGACCCGCUACGGAACGAGGAGGAGGUCCGGGUGAAGAUCAAAGACCUGAACGAACACAUCGUCUGCUGCCUCUGCGCCGGCUACUUUGUGGACGCCACCACCAUCACAGAGUGUCUCCACACCUUCUGCAAAAGCUGUAUCGUGAAGUACCUGCAGACCAGCAAGUAUUGUCCCAUGUGCAACAUCAAGAUCCACGAGACGCAGCCGCUGCUCAACCUGAAGCUGGAUCGGGUCAUGCAGGACAUCGUCUACAAGCUAGUACCGGGCUUGCAAGACAGUGAAGAGAAACGGAUUCGGGAAUUCUAUCAGUCCCGAAGCUUGGACAGAGUCACCCAGCCCAGUGGGGAAGAGCCAGCCCUGAGCAACCUUGGCCUCCCCUUCAGCAGUUUUGACCACUCUAAAGCCCACUAUUACCGCUAUGAUGAGCAGCUGAGCCUGUGCCUGGAGCGGCUAAGUUCUGGCAAAGACAAGAAUAAAAAUGUCCUUCAGAACAAGUACGUCCGGUGUUCUGUUAGAGCUGAGGUACGCCAUCUCCGAAGGGUUCUGUGCCACCGCCUAAUGCUAAACCCACAACAUGUACAGCUCCUUUUUGACAAUGAAGUUCUCCCUGAUCACAUGACAAUGAAGCAGAUAUGGCUGUCCCGCUGGUUCGGCAAGCCAUCUCCUUUGCUCUUACAAUACAGUGUGAAAGAGAAGAGGAGGUAGGGGCCAGGCCUGCUUCCCACCUCCCCCUCCCCAGAUAUUUAUGUGAAAUUAACUGUGGCUUUAUUUUUUGAAAUAAAAGCUUUUAAAAAGCA